GCUCUCGCGCGCUUUCGUUAUCGGAGCUCCGUUUUGUCUUGCCACCGACCGCCGCGGAACUUGUGCCCUGGUAUCGAUAGCUGAGGGAGGUGUUAGAGCGGCGGCGCAGACCCUGCGGCUCAUGGAGCCCAAGAUAUCGAGUGCUGGCAGGAAGCCCGGUGAUCUGCUCUGGUGGUUACCUUGACCUUCUCAUACCUGACAAUACACCUAGGAAAUUCCAUACAGACAUUUCCGCGCAUGUGAGAGGUCUGGAGGAUGGCUGUGGACAGCAGAAGCAGCGGAUGCGAGGCUCUCUGCAAUGGCAUCGUCCCAUCCAGCGCUCCCGCCACAAGUCGCCCAACCGAUGGAGACCAACAGCCUCCACCCAGCGACGAGCCGCGGAUCAAAGUGAGUCCCAACGGAUGCCUUUCACACAACGGGGCGGCCAAGCCCUGCUCGUUUCCCGACAACCAAAGAGCUCCAGUUAUCUCCCAGUGCUGCCAGCCAUGCUCAUACCACCACCACCAUCACCACCACCACCAUCAUCAUCCCUCACAUAACCAGCAAGACUGCGUUCCCCGGACUUGUGGAGCCGGCAGUCCUGCCUGUUUGCCGCUGCAUACCGAAUUCCCCACGAACUUGGGUUGUCAGAGCCACCCACCCAUGUACCACCCGGCCUGCUGCGUGCAGCCCCCCCAGCCCUUUUGCCUUCAUCAGUGGAGUGAUCAUUUCCAGCAUCAGCAAGUGCCGCACCACUUAGUGAACCUGAGGACCACCAAACCAUUCCAGUUACCCAAAAGCUACGCGGCUCUGAUAGCUGAUUGGCCGGUGGUGGUCCUGGGCAUGUGCACGGUACUGAUAGUCGUCUGUGCCCUGGUUGGAAUUUUAGUGCCGGAUCUGCCGGAUUUUUCUGACCCGCUUCUGGGCUUUGAGCCCAGGGGGACAGCGAUCGGCCAGAGACUGGUGACCUGGAACAACAUGGUGAAAAACACGGGCUACAAGGCAACGCUGGCCAAUUAUCCGUUUAAAUACGCAGACGAGCAGGCAAAAAACCAUCAAGACGGCAGGUGGCCGGAAGAUCAUUAUGAAAGGGAGAAGAGACAGGCGGACUGGAACUUUCACAAGGACAGCUUCUUCUGUGCCGUCCCGAGUAAUCAUUAUUCCAGAGUAGUCUUUACGUCCGUGGAUGGGGAGUCUCUUUGGAAUCUGAGGGCGAUCAAGUCCAUGUGCAAUAUAGAUAAUACAAGAAUCAGAUCUCACCCGCAGUUUGCCGAUUUGUGCCAGAGAGCCACUGCCGACUCCUGUUGCCCCAGCUGGACUCUCGGAAAUUACAUUGCGAUCCUCAAUAACCGAUCGUCGUGUCAGAAGAUUGUAGAGCGGGACGUCUCCCACACGCUGAAGCUCGUUCGUACGUGCGCCAAAUACUAUCACAACGGCACGCUGGGGCCGGACUGCUGGGACAUGGCGGCCAAGAGGAAGGACCAGCUGAAGUGUACGAACGUGCCUCGUAAAUGCACCAAGUAUAACGCCGUUUACCAGAUUCUCCACUACUUAGUAGAUAAAGACUUUAUAGGCCCGAAGGCCGCGGAAAACGUGAUACCAGCUCUGAAGCACAGCAUGCUUUUCUCCCCGACUGAAAAGGGGGAAUCUAUGAUGAACGUGUAUCUGGAUCAUUUUGAGAACUGGAACUGCUCCGAUGGUAUAACCACCAUCACGGGAAUCGAGUUUGGAAUCAAACACAGUUUAUUUCAAGACUAUCUCUUAAUGGAUACCGUGUAUCCGGCCAUCGCCAUUGUAAUCGUUCUGCUGGUCAUGUGCGUGUAUACCAGGUCGAUGUUUAUUACCCUGAUGACCAUGUUCGCCAUCAUUAGUUCGUUGAUCGUGUCGUAUUUUCUCUAUCGUGUGGUAUUUAACUUUGAGUUUUUCCCCUUCAUGAACCUCACUGCACUGAUAAUCCUCGUCGGAAUCGGGGCGGAUGACGCCUUCGUCUUGUGCGACGUGUGGAACUACACGAAGUUCGACAAACCUCACGCGGAAACGUCCGAGACGGUCAGCGUCGCCCUCCAACAUGCUGCUCUCUCCAUGUUCGUCACCAGCUUCACCACCGCUGCUGCCUUUUAUGCGAAUUACGUCAGUAAUAUCACCGCGAUCAGGUGUUUUGGCGUCUAUGCCGGCACCGCCAUAUUGGUUAAUUAUUUAUUGAUGGUCACCUGGCUGCCCGCUGUAGUUGUUCUACACGAGCGAUAUCUGCAAAACAUAUUCGGUUGCUUUAACAAGACCCAGCAGCAACACUUCGAUAAGACCAGCUGCUGGAGCGCAGCGUGCCAGAAAGUGCGCAAGCUUCUCUUUGCGAUUUCCGAAGCCUCGAGGAUAUUCUUUGAGAAAGUUUUGCCGUGCAUCGUCAUAAAAUUCCGAUACGUUUGGGUGUUCUGGUUCCUGUCCAUGACGAUCGGCGGAGCGUAUAUCGUUUGCGUCAAUCCAAAGAUGAAGCUCCCUUCGCUGGAGCUUUCGGAGUUCCAGGUUUUCAGGUCCUCUCACCCCUUCGAACGUUACGACUCGGAGUACAAGAAGAUCUUCAUGUUCGAGCGCGUUCACCACGGGGAAGAACUUCACAUGCCCAUUACUAUAGUCUGGGGGGUGUCGCCGGAAGACAACGGGGAUCCGCUUAAUCCGAAAAGCAAAGGCAAACUCAAGUUAGACAGCAGCUUUAAUAUUGCCAGCCCGGCGUCGCAAAGGUGGCUCUUGCAUUUCUGCCAAAAGUUGAAAAACCAGACUUUCUUUUACCAAACGGACGAGCAGGACUUCACCAGCUGUUUUAUCGAGACGUUUAAACAAUGGAUGGAAAACCAAGACUGCGACGAACCUUUGCUGUACCCCUGUUGCAGCCAGUCAGGCUUUCCGUACAAACAAGAGGUUUUCGAGCUCUGCAUCAAAAGGGCCAUUAUGGAGCUCGAAAGAAGCACCGGUUAUCACUUGGACAGCAAAACCCCGGGUCCGAGGUUCGACAUCAACGACACGAUCCGGGCUGUGGUCCUCGAAUUUCAAAGCACCUACCUUUUCACCCUGGCCUACGAAAAGAUGCACCAGUUCUAUAAGGAGGUCGACGCGUGGAUUACCAACGAGCUUCAGUUUGCUCCCGAAGGCCUCAGCAAUGGAUGGUUUGUAAGCAACCUGGAAUUCUAUGACCUUCAGGACAGUCUUUCUGACGGGACCCUCAUUGCCAUGGGAUUGUCGGUUGCCGUCGCAUUUAGCGUUAUGCUCAUUACCACUUGGAACAUAAUUAUAAGCCUCUACGCCAUCGUUUCGAUAGCCGGUACGAUAUUCGUAACGGUCGGCUCUCUUGUCCUCCUCGGGUGGGAGUUAAACGUUUUAGAAUCGGUCACUAUAUCUGUGGCCGUGGGCUUGUCUGUGGAUUUUGCCGUGCACUAUGGUGUUGCCUAUCGCCUCGCGCCAGAGCCAGACCGAGAAGGAAAAGUGGUCUUUUCUCUGAGCCGUAUGGGGUCUGCCAUCGCCAUGGCCGCUCUAACCACCUUUGUGGCAGGAGCAAUGAUGAUGCCCUCUACGGUUCUUGCUUACACCCAACUGGGCACCUUCAUGAUGUUGAUUAUGUGCAUCAGCUGGGCUUUUGCCACCUUCUUCUUCCAAUGUAUGUGCAGGUGCCUCGGCCCACAGGGGACCUGCGGCCAGAUACCGCUGCCGAAAAGACUGCAAUUCAAAGCCUUUUCUCAGGCGUUGUCGUCAAGCGCUACAGAAAGAGGGCAGAACAAAACCAACCACUCUAAAUACCAGCUGGAUCCAAGGGGGGCAAAAAACGAAGUUGAACAUGAGCAUUACGAAUUGGAGCCUUUGGCGUCUCAUAACAGCAGCACCUCCUAACACUGACUUUAUAUAAAAAGACAUUGAAAGCACCUGCACCUCCGUGUCACGAAGUACACCCGUUUACACACGCUUAUACCUGUGGACCGACCGAAAUCCCCGCUCAACGCUUUCCAAGGUAAAACUGGACAAGAUCGAGCCACCUGUGUUUCCGACGAAUGUCCGUGUCCCGCCUGUACUGCCCUGACAUAUUAAGCGUGUUUUAUUUUGUUUACGGCGGCUGUUAAUACCGUGUAACGUUUUACCAAAUGCCAUACGGUCCGAUUUACCUGCUUACGGAAUGAGAUCUUUCAUUGAUCCGCCACGAGGAACCUUCUUCAUUCAUCGUUUGCCACACAGCCUCCAUAGCACGGACUAAAAUGGCAUAAAACGUUUUUAUCGACUUAAUAUUUGCCAAAUUGCUGAACAAAACCGUUUCUUUUUUCAAUACAAAAACUAAUUUGCACCUAAAAAAAAAUAAAUAAAAAAAGUCAGGACUGCACAGCGUUAUAUCAAGCGAUAUGGGUGAUACAAGAUUAUUAACAAAUAAUCAAAAAGCACUUCUGUACUAUAAUAAGUGACCUGUGUUCUAAUUGAUUUAUUAUGAAAAACCAAAACGAGAACUUUAACGCUAAACCGUAAAGCCUGUGAGUGGACGGCGCCGCCUAGUGGUGGGACUGAUGGUUACGUGCAAUUGAUUGCAUUGUUCUAUGCCAAACGUUGAAGCCGAUGUGCCUGCUGUAUUAAGAGGUUUAGAUCUAUUAAAUAAAAAACUUACGCCAAUCAAA